AUGGAGAGCAGUGAAGAAGAUAAACUUAUAAUAAACGGAGAAAUGUUUUUCUCUGUACGCAAGUACAUACGGCAAAAGAAACCCAGCGUUGAAAUCAUUGCAAAAAUUGAGGAAUUUGUGAAAGAUGGAGCUGAUAUUAACGCCUGUGAUGGAAACGACAAUAAUAACACUAUCUUACAUAUUGCUGUCCAAAAAGAGGAAAAAGAUGUUGUUUUAUAUCUCUUACAAAAAUAUAAACAUUUAUUUUCUGUGCAAGACAAACAAAAAGCUUUAAGCUUAGCUUUAAAUAAAGAUACAGUUGUUGGGAAAGAGAUAGCAGAAAUUCUAUCUACUCAAGAUAAUCAACUUAAGCCAAUUGUGUAUGAAAACUAUUGUAAACAGCUAAUACCAUCUGAUGAAAGCCAUAAAAAAUUACAAGAUAAGAGCAUAAUAAAAGAUCAUACGUAUGAAAAACGAGCCGGAACGUCGGGAGUGAGCGGGCAGUUCUACGAAACCAAAUUAUUAAGUUUAGUUCUAUAUCGAGCUUUGCAUGAUAAGGACAUUAAAGAGUUUUAUCUGGCAGCCAACAUCAAAGAUAUCGGAGAUUUCGAUGAUUUAUGUUUUAGAUUCAAUGAUGUUGCGUGUUUUAUGCAAAGUAAACACAGGGAAAAUACUGAUAAGGCAAAGCUUACUGUUGCUAGUGUCAGAAGUAGCACAGGUAAGUUAGGAUUAGGUAUAUAUUUUGAUAGUUUUUUAAAAAUAAGAAGGAGGUUUUCACCAAACGCUACAGACCCAAUGUUUCAGGGAGCAUUUGAUGAUAUUGACAGUUAUUUUAUUCUUUAUACCCCUCUUAAAGAAUGUUUUGAUAGAAAACUAAAAGUAAAUAAAAAAAUAUGCGGUAAGCUGCAUGAUAUUAUUCAUACAAACGAAAAAAACGAAAACCAAAAUGAUAAAACUACGGACAUAUUUCAAUUUGAUUUCGAAGAACGCGAUUUAGAUUUUUUAACUAAAUAUAUAAAACACGAACAAAUGAAGACUUUGGCAAAAACUUUUUUGGAAUUUAUUUUAUCAAAGAAUAAACUUGAAGCUAUGAUGGCAAGUGAAUUAGUGAAGUUAUACCACCCUGCCCUAGCUCAACAAGUCGUUUUGAUUUCUAAAGAAGCUCAAAUGCCUUCUGAAAAUAUUAAAAACGUUUCAAACAACAAUUGUAUUCACAUAGCCAAAUUCCGUUCUGAAUUUUUUUAUUCCGAAAAUGAUUAUUUAAUGAAACUAAAAGAUACAUUUUAUAGGGAAAUAGUAUACACUCAUAGCGCGAAAACAGGACUCACAAAAGAUGAGCUAAAGCAAAAAAUAAAGGAUAUAGUCGACCACACAUGUGCUGAAACAAUUUGCCAGUUAAUCGGUUCUCCUUUAAAAUUUGAUGAGUCAAGUGAUAAGCUUAGUCUUGAUAUAAAUAAACUCCCAAAAAAUAUGUUUAAGCAAAAUGAAAUUCAACAGAUAAUGUUUUCUUUGCAAAAUGUACAAGUUACGAGGAGUAUGAUUAGAGACGCUGUUUAUUUAGCGGGUAGGAAAAAGUUACAAAUGCUUACUUUUCAACUACCCCAAAGCUUUGGUAAUAUUGACUUGACAACAAAUAAGAAAAAAGGAUUAGAUAGAUUAAAUUUUCUGGCUAGCAAAUUUCUAAAACUUAUUGAGUACUAUUCUGAAAAUAAUAAAAACCAAGAUAUCAAAGUUAUCAAUAUUAACAAUGAUGUUGUAGGUCCCGGAAAAAUACUUGAGUUUUCACAUUUAGAUUCAAGUGGUAUCGGAGGAGCAGUCGGCAAUUUACUAGAGUUUGAUAAACAAAGUGAAUCAUUCACCUUCAAUGACCGAGGAGAUCUUGCUGAAAACGCUAAAUAUGUUUUAGAUAAAAUUAAAGAAGGGGUUAGCGAAGAUUUGAGCAAAUAUAAAAUUAUUAUCAUGAUUGACAGUUUUCCGAGAACUUAUUUUGAUAUUUAUCAAUGUGAUAAAAACAUUGCGUCUGAUUUUUUGAAAAGACUAUGGUUUUACACUAAUCAAGCCCAAGAGGACAUAGUUGAAGCGACUUUAAAACGAGAAAUUAGUAUUCACUAUAAUACUGAUAAGCAACAAAAUCAGUUUUCCUUUCAUGUUCAUUCAGACGCUAUAUUUCUCAGAUUUCACGAUAAAAUACAAAAGUGGUGGAAGAGACCGACAGAUGCACAAUAUCUAUCCAAAAAUACCACAAUUUAUGAAGAAGCUAAAAAAGAUAUUGUAGAUAGUCCUCUUCUUACAGUACUUAGCGUUAUGUUUAUAAGAAAGAUCAAAUCACUCGGGGUUGAAUUCAAUAAGAAUGCUAUAGACAAUCUUAAUUUGAAUGAGUCGUUGACAAACAAUAAUACUAAAGUAAUAAAUAUCGUAAGUGACGCUGUGAUGUUAAGCGCAGCGAAAAUUAUGCAAUGUAAUAUAUACCAAAAUAAGUACACGUAUAUAAAUAUAGAUUAUGUCCAUGUCCUCCCGCCGAAUGAUUACGAUACAAUGAUAUCGGAACUUGCAGAAUUGAAUGAUGCCACUCCUGUUAUUAUUAGUGAGACUCCCUUAAAUCAAACAUUACAAGACACGCUACUUAAAAUUAUUAACACAUUUUCUGAGCGCAUCGUGAAUUUUAAGAGGCAAAUAAUUAUUAUCACAGGCGCACCAUUAAAUGAUGAUUUUAAACAAACUUUUCAGAAUUGUUAUGAUAUUAGUGUAAAAGAUGAUAAUCUGAAUUUAACUGAUUUGACUUCUCAGUCACAAACGUUUAUUUUCAAUACAUGCGAAAUUGUUUACCAAGGACAAAAAGUAAAACUAAAUAAGUUUAUUGAUGAUAUUUCAAUAGAAAUAAUUAAUGGUAAACUACUGUGGUCCUUAAUAAAUAAAGAAAAAAUUGAAGUUGGUAAACCAAUUGAAAGUCAUAAAUACAACGAAAUAAAAAAAUAUUAUAUCAAUCGAGAUUUAAAGCGGGACGGUGAAAGUUACGAAGUAAACACAUUAAAUGAUCUAGACGAUAAGAUUGUGUUAAUUUCAUCAAAGCCUUGUAUGGGUAAAACUGUAUUGUUAACACGUCUGUCAUUAGAAACAAAAAAAGUGAAUCCCAAGCUCUGGAUCGUAAUGAUCGAUAUGGCUUCUUGUGUCAAAGAACUAGAAAAAAUUAAAAUAAAAGAAACCCAAUCCAUUAUUUCAUUUCUGUGUAAGAUAGCACUCAAAAAACCAAAGGAAAUAGGAAAAGUUACAAUUACGAAAAUAAACGAUGAAACAGUUGUCCUUAACAGUAAAAAUUUAGAAAACAUUUCAUUUGAAUUACAAUUAUUUAUUUACUUCUACAAUAAUGGUAAUAUCAUAUUUUUGUUUGAUGGGUUUGACAAAAUUUAUCCUCAAAGCACAAAUGAAGCUUUGGAAUUAUUUACAGCACUUGAACAGGCUAGAAAACGCAUGUGGAUUACAAGUGACUGCUAUGUUAUCAAGAUACUUAAACGCAAGUUUGGUUUACCUUACGAACUACAUCGGCUCACGACCAUGCAACAAAAAAGUUUUCUUGAACGUUUUUGGAGUACUAAUCUUCAACUAGAAAAGCUCAAUUAUGAUCAGUGCAAUAAUUUAACAAUAUUACUUGAAUAUAUACUAAAAACUUUUAAUGACAAGUUACAGAUUACUGAGGACUUUGGUGACCGACGUAAGUUACCUUUUCUAAGUGUGCCACUACACAUUAUAUAUCUGUCAUUGCUCCAUUACUUUAAAAAUGAAUCACACAGCCUAUCACCAUGCUAUUUCCGUGAUAAAAUUAAAAAAGAAUUUAAACUUGAUUCCUUCACAGCGGUCGAUCGCUAUCUUCGCAAUUGUGAAGAAAAUGAAUCUUUAGAAUUAAACGGAUCCCCUUUACAUAUAUACAUAGCUGCCAAUUAUUUCGUGUUUCAAAUAACAGAUAAAUUUGAUUUGCAUUUAGAGAAAGACAUGAUAGUUAAUAAAUCAAACAUUUACAUAAACACAGUAAUAUUGUACGAACGGUUCCUCAAAGCAAACAUUAAAAGAAUUUGUGAAAUGGAAAACAAAAUUGCGGCUGGGGUCGAACAAGACGGACGAAUUGAGUUUUAUGAAAAUCAUAAAAAACUAGCUCUCUAUGCUAUAUACAAGGAGAAAGAUAUUGUAAAAAUUCUCACACCAGCUGAGAUCAACGAAGCGAAGAAAACAAUUAAUAUGAUAGAGUCGGGGGAAAUGAAAACCGAUCUUAUUGACUCUGUUGUAAACGGUGUUCCUAAAUUCUACCAUCUACUAUUUGCGGAAUAUUUUAUUGUUGAAACUCUCUCCGAUCUAUUAAAACGUGUAAAAAAUGGAAAUUUCGAUGACGUACAACUUGUUUCUGUGUGGGACUUUCUCGUAAAUAUAGUUUUAGCACAUAGUCCGCCAUCUUUAAGAAAUGCUUUUGAAUAUAAAUUAAAAUAUAAUCCUGAACUAGCCGAAACAGCAUCUAAUCACAACUGUGAGAAAAUUAUAUUUGAUUUACUUUUAAAGUCAGAUAAAAAAAGAGAUGGCGGUGAUUUCAAUAUCGAUAAUGCUUUAAAUAUUGCAAUUAAUGAAGGGUUAGUUAACAUUACGAAUCUUUUAAUGAGAAGUGUUCGAAACAAUGUGAAUAAAGAUAAUGCAGAUAAAGUAAUGACAAUCAUAGAAAGUAGUGCUAAAAUAGUCGCAGCUGUAGACCCAUCUAAGUCAGAAUUGAGCGAAAAUAUAACAAAAAUAAUUAAAAGCCCAGAUGGUGAAACUAUAUUAAAAGUUUUGAAUUUACCUCAAAGUAAUCAAGCUAUAAAUGACAGAAUUAAAACUGAAAUAGUUGAACCAGUUCAGAAAUUAACAAAUCAAAUAGUUCAACUUAGUGGGAAUAAACAAAAUUUAGUUAGAUUAGUAGAAGAAUUACCACAUCACUUACCUGGUUUCAUUCGCGAAAUUUUCAAGUAA